UUUCCUCAUCGCGCUCUCUCCUACAAACGUCCAGUUGCGGCAACAAAAAUCGCCGUGUGUAAAUGAGCACUAAUAGAUGAAAGCACUGAUAUAUCAGUUACAAAACUACUAGGCGUCCCACUUUUCUGGCACUGGCUGACUUGUCUUCUGGCAUAACAGACGGUAUAGUUGAAGGAAUAGAGCGUGUUCUCCAUCUGUAUACGUUAUCAAUUCAAAAACUAAUUGGCAUUGGAACUGAUAACCCUACAGUAAUAACUGGUGUCAAUAAUGGCGUGUACGCUAAGUUGAAAUCAAAAUACAAAUUAGACUCGCUGGUUUUAAUACGAUGAGUUUGCCACUCUUUGCAAUUGGCAGUUUCGUCUGCAUCGAGAUCUCGAUUACCAAAUAACAUAGAGUUUCUUUUAAGAGAGGCUUGCUUAUUCGCCUUCAUGGCAAAAAAAUAUAUCAAAAUAUAUAAACUUACAAAUUUUGAUUCUGAUAACCCACAAAAAAGUAAAUAAAUGGCAGAUACUCGUUGGUAAUCUAUUGUAUUGUGAUCUAAGCAAUAAAAACAAUUUUAAAAAUGUGACUAGAGUUAAAAACGCUUUUUAACACACUGCCCUUAACUCAGCAAUGCUAUCCAUCUAACUUGUUAAAAGAAAUGUAUAAAAAUAAUGCGAACUAUAUCUGAUGUACUUGUGGAUGUUCAAAAGGUACAUCUUGCAUUCGAGGCAGCAAAUGCUGGCCAAGCAAAACUUCACCGAUUUCUACAACAUUCUUAAAAUUCUAUGCCCCUAUUACGGUUUACAACUCAACUCCAUUUCAGUUGAAAACUUACAAUUUGGUAUUAUCGAUAACAACUCAACCUGUCAAAAAAUUUUUGGUUGUAUUUAUAUCAUGUUACAACUUUUUUGUGGUAUUACCGUUUACCACCCUGUGCUAGUUCGGUUGACAAAAGUAUCGAAAAUCGACAACUCAUUACUAGCAGUUGUUUUGAACAAAUUUUUAAGCGAAAAUGGAAAGCGGAAAAAAUAAACUUACAACGAAACAACAGUUUGAAAAACUAGUUGAGCUGAUGGAGAAGCAUCCCGAAACUGGACGAGGCAAGCCGCAAUUUGGAAGCAGCAAAAGUAAAAGCAAGGGAUUGUGGGAGCAAUUUGCCAUAGAGCUAAACAGUUUAGGACCACCAACAAGAACUGCGCACGAGUGGGGACGAGUUUGGAUACACUAUAAGGCAAAUUUAAAAAGGAAGCUUGCCAACAAUCGCAGCAAUAUUCUUGCAACUGGUGGUGGUCCGUCGCAAGAGGUUUCUUUAAAUCCACUAGAAGAAAGUGUUGCGGAACUUAUUCAGAUAAGGGAACAAGUUGCACCCAGUGGCCGGGCGUUCGGGGUAGAGAAUAUACCACCGGUGAUGGAUGGCGAAGAAAUAGAAGACGGCUUAGUUGCAGCUUCGUCAAUGGUUGAUGAGCCCCAGGUAGCAAACAUUGAAGAUCGGCCCUCUUCGUCAGCAUCGCGUGUACAAAAUCGCCGCAGAAGCUGCAAUUUAGAAACUGAGCGUCUAGAGCUCCUAAAAAUGCAGGCAGAAACGCAAAAAGAGGUACUAAAAAAAAUUGAUAGAAUUGAAAAGACGGCGUACAAAAAUUACGACAUUAAUAAAAAAUUGCUGCACAUAAAGCAACAAAAAUAUAAAUUGUUUGAAAGGCAGGCUAGGGAAGCCCAUGAACUACAUUUGUUGAAGGUAGAGGUUGAGCAAUUAAAAAUAGCUAAAUUAAGAGGCUAUUUGCAAGACGAGAACAGCUCGUGAAUGGAGAACUGAUGUUUAUUUGACAAACAUUGAAAGGGCUUUAAUUUAAUAAUUUGAAAUAUUUUUUAAUUUAAUUUUACAACAUGAAGUAAUAUUUUUUUUUUAUUAAUUAUAAGUUUUGCAAUCCCUAAUUUUA